CAGCAGCUGAAGUUAUUUUGCAGUAAUUAGAUUCUUUCUUAAAAUUAUUCAUGAUAUUUAGAAAUCAGUUCUACUUAAAGAUUCUUCAGAUGGUGGAUGGGCUUUGGUGAGUCAGGAGGUUUUCUGAGAUGCAGUAAAGUGGAACAGCACGAGGUGGGGGGACCAAGAACUUCUUCCAACACUGUUCAAGAGGAGGCAAAACCCGAGCUCAAACAAAGAACCGAAUUCAACUUAGUGCCAGGGAGAUUACCCGUCGCCGACUGUCCACAAAGUUACAGCGAGUGUGAGCAACCAGUGGACAGGGCAACAUGGCCUCAGGCUGCCUCCCGCUGCCUUCAGACAGUCAGUGAGAGCUUCAAUGCAAGUGCGGGGAAUGGAGGAGAGCCGGGGACACCGAAGGAGCAUCCGUGCGGCCAAUGCCGGAGUCGUAUCCCUUAGGAGCAGAGUCUCUCAACCCCUGUCACCGGGAGAGAAUAGAAAAGAGAUUAAGCAAAAGCUAAAAGAGGAAAGAGAAGCUAAACGGGCUCAGUUGGAUGGUAAACAUGAUUAUAUUUUGGAAGUUGUGGCUGCAUGUCUUGGCCUGGAGAAAAUUGAGGUGGAAGAUGCCAUUCUGGAAGGUUCCCAGAUUGAACGUGUAGAUUCAUUUUUUGCUGCAGGAGGACUUCCUCAUCUCAUGUUUUAUUAUCAAGAAAUAGAACCAACUGAAACAGGGCAUAUAGGCCUUCUUGGAGCAGGAACAAAUCCUAAUACUGGGCGUAGCAAGAAACCAAAAAUACUUGUGACUGAGGGGAAAGAUGUGGCACUCACUGGUGUUUGUAUAAUUUUUCUACGAUCUAGUACCUCCAAAGCAAUCACUAUAGAUAAUGUACACAAGUUCCUCUCCUACACAACAGCACGGCUGAUAUCUGGGAGCCGUUUACCAACCAUUAAACCAGCUGAUAUUGCCACUGUCCGUACACUGGGUAGACCACCUCACCUGAUCAUGCGCAUUAUGGACUGUGUACUGUUGCUAUUCCAACGAAAACAAUUUCCCAAAGACACAAUUAAUGAGGAAGUUGUUGAUUUGCUUCAGCCAUACUUCGAAAUGACAGACUACAAUAUUGAAACAGCCAAGAGAGUCUGUGGCAAUGUAGCAGGAAUCUGUUCCUGGACUAAGGCAAUGGCUUCCUUCUUCUCCAUUAACAAGGAGGUUUUACCACUAAAGGCUAAUUUGGCAAUCCAGGAAAAUCGUCUGGCUAUAGCCAUGUUAGAUCUUCAGAAGGCACAAGCGGAAUUGGAUGCUAAACAAGCAGAACUAGAUAUUGUACAGGCAGCCUAUGACAAGGCCAUGACAGAGAAACAAGUGAAUUUGAAAGAAUGUGAGACCUUUGAUUUGAGGCUCAUUAAAGGCCCUUCAGAUUAUUUGUCUCUAGCCAAUAGCACUGAAGCUUUAGAAAAGAUUGAAGCAUGUAUGAAAGUGUGGAUCAAUCAAAUUGAGCAGGUUCUUGCUGAAAGUGAGCAAUUGCGUAAGGAAGCUGAUGAUCUAGGUCCACGUGCAGAACUGGAUCAUUGGAAGAAAAGAAUGUCAAGGUUCAAUUAUCUACUUGAACAAUUAAAGGGUCAGGAUGUGAAAGCAGUACUUGGAGUUCUCACAACAGCAAAGUCUAAACUUCUUAAGACCUGGCGAGAGCUGGACAUUCGAAUCACUGAUGCAGGUAAUGAGGCUAAAGAUAACGUGAAGUACCUGUAUACGCUAGAAAAAUUUUGUGAUCCAUUAUACAACAAUGAUCCAGUUUCCAUGGUGGAAGCAAUCCCGGGGCUAAUCAAUGCAAUUCGAAUGGUUUAUAGCAUCUCCUGUUACUAUAAUACUUCGGAGAAGAUCACUUCUUUGUUUGUAAAGGUGACCAAUCAAAUGAUAACAGCAUGUAAAGCACACAUAACAAAUAAUGGGACAGCUACAAUUUGGGAUCAACCACAAGAAGUGGUGGUUAAAAAACUGAAGUCUGCCAUUCAUUUAAAUCAGGAAUAUCAACGCUGUUUCCAUAAAACAAAGCAAAAACUUGAACAGAACCCCGCAGAAAGGCAGUUUGAUUUCAGUGAGAUGUAUAUCUUUGGCAAAUUUGAUACAUUUCAAAGACGCCUGAACAAACUUAUUACAAUGUUUAACACAGUAACUGAAUUCUCUGCUCUCGAGGAUUCCAAAAUUGAAGGAUUGGAGGAGCUGGCUGCUAAAUUUCAGAGUAUUGUGAUUAAUUUGAAGAAAAAGCAGUACAACUUCUUAGAUCAGAGGAAAACUGAUUUUGACCAAGAUUAUGAUGAGUUUUGCAAACAAACUGAUGAUGUACAUUCCCAGCUAAGAACAUUUAUAGAAAACAGCAUUGAAAAAAUACAGAAUACAGAGCGAGCCCUGUCAUUACUGAAGAAGUUUGAAAGACUUGGAAUAUCAGAUCUUGCUAUCGAUGAAAAAUACCAGAAAAUUCUUCAGAACUACGGACGAGACAUUGAGAUGAUAUCCAAGCUUUACAGCAGACAGAAAAAUGAUCCGCCUAUUGCUCGAGACAUGCCACCAAUAGCAGGGAAGAUUUUGUGGGCACGUCAACUCUUUAAUAAGAUUCAGGAACCAAUGGAACUAUUCCAGAAACAACCAAACAUUCUACAGACAGCAGAUGCCAAGCGCAUUGUUCGCAACUAUAACAAAGUGGCAAAGGUUUUACUAGAGUUUGAAGUGCUGUAUCACCGAGGCUGGCUGAGACAGAUUGAAAUAGCAAAAGCAGGAUUGCAGGCAUCAUUGUUAGUGAAAGCCCCAGAGACAGGAGAACUGUUUGUGAACUUUGAUCCUCAAAUUUUAACAUUAAUACGUGAAACAGAAUGCAUGGCCAAGAUGGGACUUGAAAUUCCACCAUUUGCCCAAGACUUUCAGCAGAAACAGGAUAUCUUUAAAAAGAAUUACAACAGACUCCAGAUGACUUUAUCAGAAAACAAAAGAGUCAGAUCAAAGAUUCAAAGUACUUUUAUGCAACUGAUGGGUCCUCAUUUAGUGAAAGUUGAUAAUGCAAUACAGCCAGGCUUGACGUCUCUCAACUGGACCUCACUGAACAUUGAUAAAUACCUGAGCAGGAUUUCUGAAGCUUUAGAUGAACUCGAACUUUUGUUGAAUCGUGUGAAUGAUUUGAUAGAAUUUCGUAUUGAUGCAGUACUUCAAGAUAUGAGCACAAUACAAUUAUGCAAACUACCAGAGGAGGAACCCAUUGCAUGUGAAGAAUUUGUGCGGGUGACUAAGGAAUUGUGUGUAAAAGCUGCCCAAAUGCUGCAUUGUAAGAGUUCUUUGGUAGAGGAAGCUGCAAAUGAAUUUAUAAACAUGUUACUGGAUUUGGAGUCUCUGAGUAAAGAAGAGGAGGAGGAAAAAUCCAAAGAUAGCAGUGGAAAUGAGCAUCAAAAAGAAUUUGAUGGAGAACGAAAAACUGAGAAACGUUCUUUCACCUAUAAUGCAAGCCAGAUAAACGAUGGGUCCCCAUCUCCAGUAACAAAAAGGAAGAAGAAAGACUUAAUGCAGACACUUGAAGAAGAAGCACAGGAAUUAUUGUCCUACUUCAGCCACCGCAAUGUGGAUGCAUUAUUGAAGGUCACCCGCAACACUCUAGAGACUAUUCGCAAACGCAUUCAUUCAUCAUCACUGCUUUAUUUUAUAGAGGAUGACCUCUCCAGUAAACAAAAGCAAUCAAGCCAUCCCAUCUUCAGAACUAGCAUUACACUAUCUAUUCCCAAUAUAACCAUGAUACCUGCACUGGAUGAAGUACAACAGGCUUUGAAUAAGACAGUGGAAUAUAUUGUCAGUGUCCCAAAAGGAGUUGGCCAGUGGAGUAAAGAAAGAAUUUCAAAGAACAAAAUGAAUGAAAGAAAGAUUGCAGCAAUGAGACGUGGCAGCAGAGACAGUGAUUCUGAAGAUGGAGUCCCAGAAAUUACUGUCAGAAGUAUUCUCGAUGGCAGCAUGUCAGAGACCUCUACAUCUGUAAACUUGCUUAUCCCCAUCCAAAUGAAGAACUACUACAAAAUUGUUUCAGAGAACAAGGAGAUCAUUAAACUAGUAUCAGUGCUAGGUACAGCUAUUAAUUCCACCAAAAAGGAGGUUUUUACUGCUCUGGAUCAGUUCAAAUGUUAUCACCAUAUCUGGCAGAGAGAGAAGGAAGAGGCCGUUCAAGACUUUAUGAAACGGAGUCCUCUGCUAUCUGAGUUUGAAUCACAGAUUCUUUAUUUUCGGGACUUGGAAUCAAAGAUAAAUUCUGAGCUGGAAUAUAUUUGCGUUGGAGCAUUGGCACUUUACACUGCUGAUCUCAAGAUGGCACUAACUUCGGAAACCAAAGUUUGGAUGAUUGAUUUGGGUCGACAUUGCAAUAAAAAGUAUCAAACGGAGAUGGAGAACAUUUUUACAUUUAUAGAUGAAGUCAGCAAAAAAUUGAAUCGGCCUAUCAAGGAUUUGGAUGAUAUUAGAAUUGCCAUGGCUGCACUUAAAGAAAUAAGAGAACAACAAAUUUCCAUUGACUUUCAAGUAGGACCCAUUGAGGAAUCCUAUGCAAUGUUAAACAAAUAUGAAUUGCUUGUGGCUCAGGAAGAGAUAGAGAAGGUAGACACGCUUCGCUACACUUGGGAAAAACUGCUGGUGCGUGCAAGUGAGAUUCAGAAUGAACUAGUUGCCCUACAGCCAAAUUUCAGAGGAGAAUUGAUCAACAAUGUGCAGAUAUUCAUUGAUGACUGCAAUGAGUUUUAUGGAGAUUAUGAAAAGGAAGGACCAAUGGUUAUAGGCCUGGCACCACAGGAUGCUAGUGACAGACUCGUAAUUUUUCAGAAUCAAUUUGACAACCUGUUUCGUAAGUACAUCACUUAUACAGGUGGUGAGGAGCUGUUUGGCUUGUCUGUCACCGAGUAUCCUCAACUGCUGGAAAUAAGGAAACAGUUGACUUUACUUCAAAAGCUAUAUGGGUUGUACAACAAUGUGAUCAAUACAGUCAGCAGUUAUUAUGACAACCUGUGGUCAGAGGUCAACAUUGAAAAAAUCAACAAUAAACUUAUGGAAUUUCAGGCCAGAUGUCGUAAGCUUCCUCGGGCUUUGAAAGAAUGGAAGGCGUUCCUGGAUCUCAAGCAAACUAUUGAUGAUUUCAAUGAGUGUUGUCCACUCUUGGAGCAUAUGUCAAACAAGGCUAUGAUGUUACGGCAUUGGAAGCGAAUUUCAGAAACCACAGGACACAAUUUUGAUGUAGAAAGUGAAACUUUCAAGCUCAGAAACAUAAUGGAAGCCUCAAUACUGAAAUAUAAAGAGGAAAUUGAGGACAUUUGCAUUAGUGCAGUGAAGGAAAAAGACAUUGAGCAGAAAUUGAAGCAGGUUAUAGCAGAAUGGGAUAGCAAAACAUUCACUUUUGCGAGCUUCAAAACACGUGGCGAGCUUUUGCUGAGGGGAGACAGUACAGCAGAGCUCAUUGCUAAUAUGGAUGACAGUCUGAUGAUCUUGGGUUCACUGUUGAGCAACAGGUACAAUACACCUUUCAAGGCACAGAUUCAGAAAUGGGUCCACAAUCUAUCUAACACAACAGAUAUUAUUGAGAACUGGAUGACUGUGCAGAACUUGUGGAUUUAUUUGGAAGCUGUAUUUGUAGGUGGAGAUAUUGCUAAGCAACUUCCAAAGGAAGCCAAACGUUUUUCCAACAUUGACAAAUCUUGGGUGAAGAUCAUGACUCGGGCACAUGAGACUCCAAGUGUAGUGCAGUGCUGUGUAGGUGAUGAAACCAUGGGACAACUUUUACCACAUUUAUUGGAGCAGCUGGAAAUCUGUCAGAAGUCUUUGACUGGGUACCUUGAAAAGAAACGACUGCUGUUUCCACGGUUCUUUUUUGUAUCUGAUCCAGCACUUCUUGAAAUUCUUGGUCAGGCUUCGGACUCCCACACUAUCCAAGCACACCUAUUAAAUGUUUUUGAUAACAUCAAAACUGCCCAUUUCCAUGAUAGGGUAUAUGACCGUAUUUUGGCUGUUUCUUCACGAGAGGGUGAAACCAUUGAAUUGGAUAAGCCUGUCAUGGCAGAAGGAAAUGUAGAAGUCUGGCUAAAUGCUUUGCUCAUGGAAUCUCAGAAAUCGCUCCAUCUGGUCAUUUGUGCUGCAUCUAUGAGUAUUCAGGACACUACCUUCCAGCUGGUUGAGUUUCUUAACUCUUAUCCAGCACAGGUUGGAUUGCUUGGAAUUCAAAUGAUCUGGACAAGAGAUUCAGAGGAAGCAUUAACUAAUGCCAAAUAUGACCGAAAAGUCAUGCAAAAGACAAAUCAAUCUUUCUUAGAUUUGCUGAACACCCUAAUUGACAUGACAACAAAAGACCUAAGUGCUAUGGACCGUGUGAAAUAUGAGACCCUUAUCACUAUCCAUGUGCACCAGCGAGAUAUCUUUGAUGACCUGUGUCGCUUGCACAUCAAAAGUCAUACAGAUUUUGAGUGGCUCAAACAAUGCAGGUUUUAUUUCAAUGAGGAUUCAGAUAAGAUGCUAAUCAAAAUUACAGAUGUUGGAUUCACAUAUCAGAACGAGUUUCUCGGUUGUACGGAUAGAUUGGUCAUAACACCCCUAACUGACAGAUGUUACAUUACUUUAGCUCAGGCACUUGGAAUGAACAUGGGAGGAGCUCCUGCUGGGCCUGCAGGGACAGGCAAGACAGAAACUACCAAAGAUAUGGGCAGGUGCCUUGGGAAGUAUGUGGUGGUUUUCAACUGCUCAGAUCAAAUGGACUUUAGAGGACUUGGGAGAAUUUUUAAAGGCCUAGCACAGUCUGGAUCCUGGGGUUGCUUUGAUGAAUUCAAUCGUAUUGAUCUACCCGUUCUCUCAGUUGCUGCACAGCAGAUUGCUGUAGUACUGACAUGCAAAAAGGAACGUAAAAAGAAUUUCAUCUUCACAGAUGGAGAUUCUGUAGAAAUGAACGCUGAAUUCGGAAUUUUCCUCACUAUGAACCCUGGCUAUGCUGGACGUCAAGAGCUACCUGAGAAUCUGAAAAUCAACUUCCGUUCUGUUGCUAUGAUGGUUCCGGAUCGUCAGAUCAUCAUUCGUGUUAAGCUUGCCAGUUGUGGAUUUAUUGACAACAUAACACUGGCCAGGAAGUUUUUCACCCUGUACAAAUUGUGUGAGGAACAGCUCUCUAAACAGGUGCAUUAUGAUUUUGGCCUACGUAACAUCCUGUCAGUCCUACGGACACUUGGAGCUGCAAAACGAGCCAACCCUAAUGAUUCAGAGUCUACCAUUGUAAUGCGUGUACUUCGUGAUAUGAACCUCUCUAAGCUGAUUGAUGAAGAUGAACCACUUUUCCUAAGUCUAAUUGAGGAUCUGUUUCCUGGAAUUCAGCUGGACAAAGCAGGGUAUCCACAACUGGAAGCUGCCAUUGACAAACAAGUUGAAGAAGCGGGACUUGUUAGUCAUCCUCCUUGGAAACUUAAAGUUAUUCAGCUGUUUGAGACACAAAUGGUUAGGCAUGGUAUGAUGACUCUGGGACCCAGUGGAGCUGGUAAAACCACCUGUAUUCAUACAUUGAUGAAAGCCAUGACAGACUGUGGUAAACCACACCGUGAGAUGAGAAUGAAUCCAAAAGCAAUUACUGCCCCACAGAUGUUUGGCCGACUUGAUGUAGCCACAAAUGACUGGACAGAUGGCAUUUUUUCAACUCUAUGGAGAAAAACUCUCAGAGCAAAGAAGGGAGAACACGUUUGGAUUGUACUGGAUGGUCCUGUUGAUGCCAUUUGGAUUGAAAAUUUAAACUCCGUGCUUGAUGAUAACAAAACCCUUACUUUGGCAAAUGGUGAUCGCAUUCCCAUGGCUCCAAACUGUAAAAUUGUGUUUGAGCCACACAACAUAGACAAUGCCUCUCCUGCAACUGUUUCUCGAAAUGGCAUGGUCUUCAUGAGUUCUUCGGUCUUGAAUUUCAGCCCCAUCCUUGAGGGCUGGUUGAAAAAAAGGUCCCAACAGGCAGCCGAGAUUCUACGGAAAUUGUUUGCAGAAUCCUUUACUGAACUGUAUAGGUUUAGUGUCCAGUCUCUGGAAUAUAAGAUGGAAAUGUUGGAGGCUUUUAUUAUUACGCAAAGUAUUAACAUGCUUGAUAGCCUCAUUCCACCAAGGGAACAAGGUGGAGAAGUGACUCGAGAACAUUUGGAAAGAUUGUAUGUAUUCUCGCUGAUGUGGAGUAUAGGGGCCUUACUGGAAUUAGAGGAUAGACGGAAAAUGGAGCACUGGCUACGGAUGCAUGAGACUAUAAAGUUAGAUCUGCCAUGCAUCCCUGAGGAGAGUGAAGACACAAUGUUUGACUAUGUUGUCCAUGUUAAUGGAAAAUGGUUGCAUUGGAACACAAAUGUAGAAGAAUACAUUUAUCCCACUGACAGCAAUCCAGAAUAUGGCUCUAUCCUUGUUCCUAAUGUAGACAAUGUGAGGACAAAUUUCCUCAUUCAUACAAUAGCCAAGCAGGGAAAGGCUGUAUUGCUGAUUGGUGAACAAGGCACAGCCAAAACAGUGAUCAUCAAAGGAUACCUGUCAAAAUAUGACCCUGAGUCUCAUAUGACCAAAAGUCUCAACUUUUCAUCAGCAACAACUCCACUAAUGUUUCAGCGCACAAUUGAGAGCUACGUUGAUAAACGUAUGGGUACAACAUAUGGUCCGCCUGCUGGGAAAAAGAUGACUGUUUUCAUUGAUGACAUUAAUAUGCCUGUUAUUAAUGAAUGGGGAGAUCAGAUCACCAAUGAAAUUGUACGACAGCUGAUGGAACAGAAUGGUUUUUAUAAUCUUGAAAAACCAGGUGAAUUCACAAACAUUGCUGAUGUCCAGUUCCUUGCUGCAAUGAUCCAUGCUGGAGGAGGCAGAAAUGACAUACCCCAGCGCUUGAAGAGGCAUUUCUCAAUUUUUAACUGCACAUUGCCUUCAAAUUCCUCAAUCGAUAAGAUUUUUGGUGUUAUUGGACGUGGCCACUAUUGCAGUGAGCGGGGCUUCUCUACAGCAGUGAGAACUCUGGUAACCAAACUGGUACCAAUGACCCGCAAACUUUGGCAGAUGACCAAAGUGAAAAUGUUGCCCACUCCAGCCAAGUUUCAUUACAUCUUUAACCUGAGAGAUCUCUCACGGAUUUGGCAAGGAAUGUUGAAUAGCACCUCAGAGGUUGUCAAUGAUGAAAAUGUGACUCUAAAGCUGUGGAAACAUGAAUGCAAAUGCGUUAUAGCUGAUCGAUUUACGACCCAAGAGGAUGUAGCCUGGUUUGACAAAACUUUAGCCAAAGUAGUUGAGAAAGAACUUCAGGAGAAAGCUCUGGCUGCAGUCAAUGUCGGAGUCAAUGCUUAUUUCGUUGACUUCUUACGAGAUGCACCUGAAUCCACAGGAGAUGAACCUGAGGACAUUGAUGUGGAUAUGCCAAAGAUUUAUGAGCCUAUUGGAAGUUUUGAUCACCUGAAGAAUCGACUAAAUAUGUUUUUGCAGCAGUAUAAUGACAGCAUCCGAGGAGCAGGAUUGGAUAUGGUCUUUUUUAAGGAUGCCAUGACUCACUUAGUGAAGAUUUCACGCAUUAUCCGCACACCUCGUGGGAAUGCAUUGCUUGUUGGGGUAGGUGGGUCAGGCAAGCAAAGUUUGACCAAACUGGCAUCCUUUAUUGCCGGAUACAAGACAUUCCAAAUCACACUAACAAGAUCAUACAAUAGCUGUAACCUGAUGGAAGAUUUGAAGGUUUUAUACAAGACUGCAGGUCAUCAAGGCAAAGGAACGACUUUUACAUUUACAGAUAAUGAGAUAAAAGAUGAAUCUUUUCUUGAAUACAUGAACAAUGUUUUAUCAUCUGGAGAGGUCUCUAACCUAUUUGCUCGAGAUGAGUUGGAUGAGAUGACUAGUGACUUAGUACCUGAAAUGAAGAAGGAAUAUCCUCGCAGGCCACCAACUGGUGAAAACCUCUAUGACUUUUUUAUGAGUAGAGUUCAUCAGAAUCUUCACGUAGUACUUUGCUUUUCACCGGUGGGAGAGAAGUUCCGAAAUCGAGCGCUGAAGUUUCCAGCCCUUAUUUCGGGCUGCACCAUGGACUGGUUCAGCCGUUGGCCAAAAGAUGCUCUUGUUGCUGUGUCUGACCAUUUCUUAUCUUCAUUUGGAGUUGACUGCACCACUGAGAUCAAAAGAGAAGUGGUUGAGUGCAUGGGAUCCUUCCAAGAUGGUGUGGCUGAGAAAUGUGUGGACUAUUUCCAAAGAUAUCGCCGAUCUACCCAUGUGACGCCAAAAUCUUAUCUCUCAUUCAUUCAAGGAUAUAAAGCAAUCUACAAAGAGAAACAUUCUGAGGUCCAAACCUUAGCUAAUAGAAUGAAUACUGGCCUCGAAAAACUGAAGGAGGCCUCAGAAUCAGUGGCUGCACUAAAUAAAGAACUUGAGUUGAAGGAGAGAGAACUACAAGUAGCCAAUGCAAAGGCUGACAUGGGCAAAAUAAUCAUGAUUGUUGUAGGUUGUGGUGUAAUAUUCAACCUGGCAUACAUGAUGGCAAAUAAAAUACCAUAUUUCUGGCACCAACAUGCAUGUUUAGACCUAUACUUGGCAUGCUUAGUGCUCAAUCAGCUUUGCAUUGGAGCUAAGACCUUCGAAUGUAAAUCAAGUGAUGUAUUGUUGGCAACUGCCUUUUUGUCAUAUUCAGGCCCAUUUAAUCAAGAGUUCCGUAAUUUGCUUUUGAGAGAUUGGGAGAAAGAAAUGAAAUCUCGUAAGAUUCCCUUUGCCAGCAACUUGAACCUUACAGAAAUGCUAAUUGACAUUCCUACAAUUGGUGAAUGGAGUCUACAAGGUUUACCAAAUGAUGAGUUGUCUAUCCAGAAUGGAAUUAUUGUUACCAAAGCAGCUCGUUACCCAUUGCUGGUUGAUCCACAAAACCAGGGCAAGAUGUGGAUAAAGAAUAAAGAGGUUAAGAAUGAACUUCAGAUUACAUCCUUAAAUCACAAGUAUUUCAGAAACCACCUCGAGGAUAGCCUGUCUCUUGGCAGACCAUUGCUUAUUGAAGAUGUAGGAGAGGAGCUGGAUCCAGCACUGGAUAAUGUUUUGGAGAAAAAUUUCAUCAAAACUGGUUCCAUGUACAAGGUGAAAGUGGGUGAUAAAGAGAUUGAUAUCAUGAAUGGAUUCAGACUCUACAUCACUACUAAGCUUCCCAACCCUGCGUAUACACCUGAGAUCAGUGCUCGAACUUCUAUCAUUGAUUUUACUGUUACCAUGAAAGGUCUGGAGGACCAGUUACUUGGUAGAGUCAUUCUAACUGAAAAACAGGAACUGGAAAAAGAGAGAACAGAUCUCAUGGAAGAUGUAACAUCAAAUAAAAGGAAAAUGAAAGAGUUGGAAGACAAUCUACUGUAUCGUCUGACAAGCACAAAGGGCUCCCUUGUAGAGGAUGAAAGCCUUAUCACUGUUCUGAACAAUACAAAAAAGACAUCUGAGGAGGUUACACAGAAACUGCACAUAGCUGCUGAAACAGAAAUACAGAUUAAUGCUGCUCGUGAGGAGUACAGACCGGUGGCAACCAGAGGAAGCAUCCUGUACUUUUUGAUUACUGAGAUGAGCAUGGUGAAUGUUAUGUACCAAACCUCUCUACGCCAGUUCCUGGGUCUUUUUGACUUGUCAUUAGCCAGAUCCAUCAAGAGUCCCAUUACCAGUAAGAGAAUAGCAACUAUUAUAGAGCAUAUGACAUAUGAAGUAUAUAAGUACGCAGCCCGUGGCCUGUAUGAGGAACAUAAGUUUCUAUUCACAUUACUCCUUACAUUGAAGAUUGACAUGCAGCGCCACAGACUGAAACAUGAAGAGUUCAUCACUCUUAUUAAAGGUGGUGCUUCAUUGGACCUUAAGGCUUGUCCUCCAAAACCUGCAAAGUGGAUCUUGGAUAUGACCUGGCUAAACCUGGUGGAACUACGUAAACUUGGGCAAUUUGCAGAUAUCUUGGAUCAAAUUGGGAGAAAUGAGAAACUCUGGAAAAACUGGUUUGAUAAAGAAGCUCCUGAGGAAGAGAUUCUGCCAAAUGCUUAUGACCAAUCUUUGGACUGUUUCCGACGUCUUCUCCUGAUCAGAUCUUGGUGUCCUGAUAGAACCAUUGCACAGGCUCGUAAAUAUAUUAUGGAUGCAAUGGGCGAAAAAUAUGCAGAAGGACUCGUCCUGGACUUGGAAAUGACUUGGGAGGAAUCAGAUAAACAUACUCCUCUUAUUUGUUUUCUGUCGAUGGGUUCUGAUCCCACGGAUUCCAUCAUAGCUUUGGGUAAAAAAGUCAAGAUAGAAACUCGCUGCGUCUCUAUGGGUCAAGGACAGGAGAUCCAUGCCCGUAAGCUUCUCCAGCAGACCAUGACAAAUGGUGGUUGGGCUUUGCUUCAGAAUUGUCACUUAGGUCUUGAUUUCUUAGAUGAAUUAAUGGACAUCAUUACAGAAACAGAAAGUAUCCAUGAAAGUUUCCGCUUGUGGAUGACGACUGAGGUCCAUAAGCUUUUCCCUAUUGCACUUCUCCAGAUGUCAGUCAAGUUCACCAAUGAGCCUCCACAAGGCCUGCGGGCAGGUUUAAGAAGGACCUACUGUGGAAUCAGUCAGGAUCUUUUGGAUGUUAGUAACAUGCCUCAGUGGAAGCCUGUGCUCUACGCAGUGGCCUUUUUACAUUCAACAGUGCAAGAACGUCGCAAGUAUGGACCUCUUGGUUGGAAUAUUCCAUAUGAAUUUAACCAAGCUGACUUGAAUGCUACUGUGCAAUUUGUACAAAACCAUCUAGAUGAUAUGGAUAUCAAGAAGGGUGUUUCUUGGACUACGGUGAGAUACAUGAUUGCUGAGAUUCAAUAUGGUGGCAGAGUCACAGAUGAUUAUGACAAACGAUUGCUUAACACAUUUGCUAAAGUCUGGUUCAGUGAAAAUAUGUUUGCUUCAGACUUCUGUUUCUACAAGGGUUACAGCAUUCCUAAGUGCAAUUCAGUGGAUCAGUACUUAACAUACAUUCAGAGUCUUCCUACAUAUGACACUCCAGAAGCAUUUGGUCUGCACACUAAUGCUGAUAUCACUUACCAGAGCAAGCUUGCCAAGGGUGUCCUAGACACUAUACUUAGCAUUCAGCCCAAGGACAGCUCCAAUGGAGGAGGUGAAACAAGAGAAGCUGCAGUAGCAAGGUUGGCUGAUGACAUGUUAGAUAAGUUGCCUGUGGACUACAUACCAUUUGAGGUGAAAGAAAAACUGCAGAAGAUGGGAGCACUGCAGCCAAUGAACAUCUUUCUUCGUCAAGAAAUUGACAGAAUGCAAAGAGUAAUUACUCUGGUGCGAAACACACUUAUAGAUCUGAAGCUUGCAAUUGAUGGAACUAUCAUUAUGAGUGAAACCCUCAGAGAUGCCUUGGACUGCAUGUAUGAUGCAAGAAUUCCAGCUCAGUGGAAAAGGACAUCCUGGGAAUCAAGCACACUUGGAUUUUGGUUUACUGAACUGUUGGAACGAAAUUGUCAGUUUCAUUCCUGGAUUUUUGAAGGGCGACCAAACUGCUUCUGGAUGACUGGCUUUUUUAACCCUCAAGGAUUCCUAACAGCAAUGAGACAAGAAGUUACUCGCGCUCAUAAAGGUUGGGCACUCGAUAGUGUGGUUUUGUGCAAUGAAGUCAGCAAAUGGAUGAAAGAUGACAUCACAGCUCCCCCUUCGGAGGGAGUCUAUGUGUAUGGGUUGUACUUGGAGGGAGCUGGAUGGGAUAGGCGGAAUUCAAAGCUCAUUGAAUCCAAGCCUAAAGUGCUAUUUGAGUUGCUACCUGUGAUACAUAUUUCUGCUCAAAAUAAUUUGAGUGUCAAGGAUCCUCGGUUGUAUUCAUGCCCAAUUUACAAAAAGCCAGUGAGAACUGACCUAAACUAUACAGCUACAGUGGACCUGCGAACAGUUCAGCCCCCUGAACAUUGGAUUUUACGUGGAGUAGCACUUCUUUGUGAUGUCAAAUAAACAUGAUGUAGCAGAAACUGUGAAAAUCAUUCCAUCGAACUCACUGACUUAUUAGCAUUUGUUUCUAAUAUACAUAUCAACCUUUCAACUUUGCUGCAAAUUAUUUUUUAAAAUGUGUCUGGUUAAAAUACAGAAAAAAAUAAAUAAUGUGAUGGAGGAUUUUUGUCUGAAUUAAUAUGAUAAUUGAUAUUUAUUGAUUUUAAGUUCCUGUAAUUAUUUUAAUUUUGAUUGUGAAUGCAUCUUGCAUAAAUUUGAUAUGUUAGUUUUUUUUCCCAGAUUUAAAUACAAAAGUUGAAAAAUGCUUUCUUCUGCUGUGUUGGUGAUAGCUAUUUCCAUUUUAGUUUAUUUUGUACACAACGCUGAGUCCUUUUACCUUUGAUAUCCACCUGCAGAAAAAAAUUCUUCAAAGCCAGAGUUUUUAAGCUUAUAUGCCCUAAGGCCUUGAUGUUUGUAAUCAUGCCUUUUAAUAAGUAGUACAUAUCAGCAAUCAUACUGGAAGUAAUCUUUGUACCAAAAUUGUCAACAAAUUUUAUAAAAGCAUGACAAAAUUUUCAGUUUUAUAGGUGUACCAUAAAUAGUCUAUUUAAUUAUGCACACAAAUUCAAAACCUCUGUGAGAACUCAUUCAGAGUAUCAAUACAUUACUUUAAAGCUUGAAAAAUAUAUAACAAAAUGUCAUUGAAAGCAUGUUUUUUUAUGCUAUGUUCAUUAGAAAUUUUCAGUGGCUACUAUUUACCUCCCUAAAUGCCACUAUGUAUUGAUUUCGAGAUUGUAGAAGGAUAGACAUAAUACAUUUCUAAAGUUUUUGAGAAGCUUUGUAGCUCGGGUUGCGGAUGAGGUUGUAGAAUUGCUCGCUGAGCGUUUGUGUUUGAUUGCAGACGUUUCGUCACUGUACAGAGUUUUUAAAAGUAAUGGAUACCCAAAGAGUGCAAUGUGCCGUUACCUCCGCAACAGACCACAACAAGAAGACAAACACGGCCAGACACACUAGUCAACCUACCGUACAUCAGAGACAUA